ACAAGCAUAAAUCGCCCAAGAAAUCUCUGCAUUUAAAGCAUCUGAGCCGGACUGUGGCAUGUUCAGAAGCGUAAUCGCCCAAGAAAUCUCUGCAUUUAAAGCAUCUGAGCCGAAACCGGACUGUGGCACGUUCAGCAGAACCCCCCCACACACACAGCGAGGUGGACAGCCUGAUAAAGAUGGUCUGGAUAGUGACAGUCGUUCUUCUGUUCCUCUCAUCCCACACCAUUUGCACAAACCCAGCACUGAAAGCCAGAGUCACACAACAGGCCUUGGACUAUGGGCGUCAAGUUGGAAUGCAGGUGUUGCAAGAGGAACUGAAGAAGAUUAACAUCCCAGAUGUAAGCGGCAGCACACACGUGUCUGUGAUCGGCAAAGUGCACUAUCAAAUAUCAGGGAUUCGUAUUCAGGCUUUUAGCAUAGCCCAGUCUACAGUGGCGUUCUCCCCCGGAACUGGCAUGAAACUCUCCCUCGACAAUACUAACAUAGCCAUUCACGGCAACUGGAGGGUGAAAUAUUCACUUGGAAGAGACAGCGGCUCCUUUGAUGUAUCAGUGAACGGCUUCUCGGUUUCAGCGCUGAUCGGGAUGAGCACUGAUCAGACCGGACGUCCUGCAGUAAAGAGCAUGGGCUGCAGCUCCAAUGUUGGAAGCCUGAGACUCAAAUUGCAUGGAGGCGCGAGCUGGCUCUACAACCUGUUCCGCAGUUCCCUGGAGAAACCCAUUCAUUCUGCCCUUGUUCGGGAGAUUUGUCCAAAAGUGUCAGAGGCAAUCAAUAGCCUUGAGCUGAAACUGCAAAGACUGAAAGUCACUGCCAAUGUGGAUAAAAUUGCUGAGAUUGAUUACUUCCUGGUUAAUCCUCCUGUAAUCACAGAAACCUUCAUGGACCUGGACUUUAAGGGUGAAUUCUAUAACAUUGGACGGCAUCAGGAGCCUCCCUUCACCGCAGGCCCACUCAGCUUCCCCGAACAAACAAACCACAUGAUGUACCUGGCUGUGUCCGAAUUCUUUUUCAAUUCAGCUGCGUUUGUGUAUCACAGAGCUGGAGCCUUGCAGAUAAACAUCACUGACAGUAUGAUUCCUAAAUCAUCUCCCAUCAGAUUAAACACAUCAACUUUUGGUGGCUUUAUACCUCAGUUGAAGAAACUCUAUCCUGAGAUGCUGAUGCUCAUGAAGAUCCACAGCCUCAAACAACCUGCUCUGACGAUGACCUCAGACAACAUCACCAUUGCAAUGACCGGAGCUGCUGAUACAUUUGCAAUCCUACCAAACUCCUCAUUGGCUCCUCUGUUUGUCCUGAAUCUUGAUGUCAGCGUGUCUGCCACGCCAUCUUUGUCUGGGGAUAAAUUGACAGGAUCACUGGUAAUUAACAGAUUGGGCUUGUCACUGGAACAUUCUGACAUCGGCCCCUUUGAGACAUCAACCCUGCAGGGAAUGUUAAACGUUGUAACCAAAAUAAUAGUGUUACCGAAAAUCAAUGCUUUCCUGGCGAAAGGAUAUCCUCUUCCAAGUGUGGAUCAAUUAAGUUUUGUAAAUCCGACCAUUAAGGUGAAAGAGAAAUUUCUGAUGAUUGCAACUGAUAUCAAAUACACCUUAUAAACCAGCUGAUGUUGAAGAAGGUUUACUCGCUGGAGCUGGGCAGUGCUGCCCUGAUUAUAGCGCCCACAACCAAGGCACUGAUGAAGGAAAUAUUUGCUUCUACACUGAAAGCUGGCAAAACAUAGGCAAGAUUGUGAUUGAAUCUUUUUUCAGUUUUUAUUACACAAUGAUCCAAACCUCCUCUUGUGUGAUCUUGUAACAUGGACAAGUGUUGCCAGCUCACCUGCAGCACCUUAAUCUUUGUGUGGUUUCUAUGGGGAAAAAGCGAGAGAGUAGACAAGAGAAUAAAGAGAUAAUGAGCUUCAGUUAUAUACACUUUUUCAGUAAGCUUGCGCUGAGCCUGCGGUGUGAAUGGGGAAUCCUGAGACCUGGCUGUUCUGUUUGAAGAUUUGCUGUAACUCACCAUGAUGAGAAAAUAAAGAACAUUGGUACAGGAGUUUGUGUAAAUUGUUUACAAAAACACAGCAUUGGGCGAGGUGAUUUUCACACAGCUUCCAGGGCAGAGCUUAGAGAAAAACACAGUUCUGUUUCCCAAAGGCUCCCGGCUUUACCAG